AUGCGACUGAACCCAGCCGCCCUGCUGGAGGGCGCGGCUAUGCUUGGUCAACUGCUCGACGUGCUCCACGUUGUCGGCGUUUGUUAUCAGGCAAAGGGCGUUUUGUUGCCGUUGAUGAUAUUUGGUGUCUCGCCGCGGCGUAUCCAGACGAAGAGGCCGCAUGAGAAGAGGAGGAGACGGUGGCUACUGUUAGUCAACGGCGGCGACACUGGCUCCGGCUUUGGAGAAGGCAUUCAACUCGUCGUGCCGUCGUUGAAACCUCCGUUCAAGCUGCCCGCGGCCAUCGCCAGCUACGAGAAGAACCUGCAACGUUCCCGACCCCAAGACAAGCAGCGCUUCGAUCUCACAGGAAAGGCGAGGGUCGCGCCGUUGCUGCCGCCGCCAAAAAAACCAUUUCUGCUCUCCGCCGCCGUGUCCAUCGUUGCGCACACUUUUGGCGCCGUCUUGACCCGCUGGCUCCAGAGCUGGCUCGAAAGUUUGCUUCGCUGGCGUUCUUGGUCGUCGUCCAUCUUGCCCGCGCAGCCCACGGAGCCAGCAGCCGCCCUCACGUCCGCCACCUCGAAUCUGACAACGACGGCACUCACGACCAUUGAGGCUCCGUUCCAAGACGCCGUGAAUCUCGCAGGCGGCAUCGAGCGGGCUACCAAACAUCUUUCCGUCGCCCUAGAGAACAUGCAGCUGUUCGAGAUCCCUCCCGUGGCGUACUUCCUAAAGGGCCUCCUCGCAACCGCCACGGACUCCACCAAUGCGGUGGCAAUGGGCAUCAGGAGCUUUUCCGGGUAUCUGGGCGCCUGGUCGAGCUCAACGUCAAGUGGACGGGCCGCCUGGAAAGACAGCACCGCUUCACAUCUCGGCGUCCGCACUAUUACGAGCACCGCCCCCGUUGGUCUCACCAUCGUCUCCUCCCUCCUGCGCUUUCUACGUCUCCUGUCGCCUGCUGCCGAGCGUCUCGCUCGCCUCAUGUGGCCCGACUCAGCAGGGGACUGCCGCAGCCCCGUCAAUAUCCACCACACAGCCGUUGUUCUGUCCGUUUUCUCCGACCUCGUCUCCCUCGCCGAUGAAUGGACCGCGGUAGUCCAGGCCCUCGCUCCAGUCCUCAUACUACUCUCAACUCCGCUGUUUAUCGACGAAGAAGACCCCAACGAUCCAGAAAUCCUCUGCACCACUCCCUUCUACCUGCGGGCCAUGGCUGAGCUCACGGAUAAGGUCGUCAAGAACGCUGCCGGCGAGCUGCCGCACGAGCGGGCCCGCCGUCACGCCGCCCGCCGCCUGGCCUCAUCUAUGGGAAACUCGUUGACGGCGGCAAGGACAUCAGGGACCACGCUGGACUCUACUGGAUACCUGGCGCCGCUAAGCGACUCGAAGUUGCAUGGCGCAGAACGCGACAACUCGUACUAG